GAUUUUGACAGAUUUAUAGAUUCACCCUGGAGCUAACAAAACCAGGUCACAGUCAUCGUUCUGUAAUGUCCUGGGUGCAAGUUGCCAUCAGCCAAUCCAGUGAGGACAUAUUUGAUGAAGAUGCAGAUGAGAUCUGUAUAGCACAGAAAGAAUGGAAUAGCACCAUGAAGAAAAGAUUGAAGGAAGGCUAUAGUGAUGGCAUUGAGGCUGGGAAAGAGCUUGCACUCCAAGAAGGCUUCAAUCAGGGUUACAGACAAGGUGCUGAGCUGAUGGUGACGUGUGGCCAGUUCAGAGGGACCCUGAAUGCUCUCUUAUCAUGGUGUCACCUUAAUGGACAUGACUCUGCUUUGAAUAAGAUAAAUCAUCUUCUAGAUGUGGUUGGAAAGUAUGAAGAAGAUGUGCUUAAGUACCUGAAUUCUAUCCAGGAUCAGCCACAUCUUGGAGGGAUUUUAGAUUUUGUUCAAGACAUGGACCUUAGUGAUACAGCUUCAGCUGGGACUGAGUGUGAUGCAGUUAAAGCUGGAAAAUAUGUACAUAUUGGCAACUCUGGCAAAACUUGUUGCAGCAAUAAUGGUAAGGAUGAUUCCUUGCAGUCUGAAUGUAUCAAGGCAAAAUUCUGCACAGAUUCUGAAAGGCCAACCCUUGCUUGGGUUAAGGAGCAGACUGUUUGGUUAGUAGAGCAACUGGGCUUAUCACUGGACAUGCUACAUCAUGUCCAGCAACUAAGACAUUAGUUUCCCUGUCUCGUGGUAUUUAAAACUAUCUGAACUGUGUUGGAUUGGAGUGUUUGUGGAUCAGGUCCAGGCUCAUGGUUCACUUCUUUUCAGGGAAACCUGAUUCCGAUACUUCCCAGUAGAGGUCAUUCCCAUAAACUUUUACCAUGCUUUGGCUCCUGUACAAAAAAAUACUUUGCUUUCAGUUUUGAACAAUGACUUUCAUUGAACGAUGAGAUGAUUUUAAAAGCUCUACAGUAUUUUACUAAACUUGUUUCUUUUCUGUAUGAAAAUCUGAUAUCUUACCCUCACUUUUUCUCUUCUUCUUCUUUUGGAAGAAGAACAGGUCCCUUAAGUGGUUUCUUCUAAUAUUAAAAAAAAAAAAGUGAAUCAAAAUUGAUUAUAUGCAUAGAAUACCUGCUGCUAUGGAUGAGCUGUACUUGCAGUUGCUCAUGAUAAUAUGCUAACUCCAUUCAAAACAGAAUAGGAUCUCCUGACAUGCAGAGUGCUAUGACUCUCCCUAGAAACUACAUAAAAAGCACUGGAAUUUUUCACUUCAUGUCAAAUUCUUUCUCCUGUCCUUUGCAACCACUAGGCAGGGAAUUUUCACAACCAUUAGUUAAAAAAAAAAAAAAAAAAUUGUUUUCCUCUUUCUGCAGUUCUGUUUACACACACCACUCUUUGCAAGUGCAAAACUACUGACAAUUUCAUUGUUUUACUCUGUUAUGCUGUCUGCUCUGAACCUGUUGGGCUGCACCAAACACUUCUCCAGUUUAAUUAAUGUUAUUUGUUUUGCCAGUCCUUUUUGUCUGAGCUUUGUUCCCCCUUAUUCCCAUAGUGUUCCCCUUGCCUCAGAGUCUUCAAGGAGGCAGGGCUUCUUGCCUUUUUACAUUCUCUUAAAAACAUGCCGUCAGCUAUGCAGCCAUAUUUCUGACAACUUCAUAUUUCUAUGCCAGCAUCCUUUAUUUUAUCUCCUUUCCCCUUACUUGCCUUAACUUUGACUGCAAAGUCCUCUGAUCAGGACAGCUUUUCUUUGUAAAUGCCUGUCUCUGUUUUGCAGUAGAUUGAUUACAAGCAAUUCAGAGUUUAAUUAUAUCUGAGACAAGGUGGGUCUAGGCUGCAACAAACUGGAGUUUUUAAACAGGUGGCUUAUGACUAAUUAAAAAAACCACUAAACAACUGUAUACUUUGAAGCUAAAAAAAGCCAGCAUAAGAAUUAUUUGAUUUUUUUCAGAGAAUGAGCCAGUAACUGUCUCUCUAAAAGAUUGUUAUUCUGCUAUUAUGGGGCUAGAAUAUAAGUUAGCUGCAAUUCAGUAUUGCUUUUGCAUUAGAGGAAAACAACUGGACAAUUAGAAUGUCUCAUACUGAACUUGUUUUAAAUACAGUGGAAUUGAAUCAGACUCUAUGUAUAUACAAAAUUGUUCAGAGAGCUCUUUUCUUCCCUGUAUUUAAUGUAAUGCUGAUAUUAAUAAAGAUUACUUUUCUGCUGUGUACAUGUUACAUUACAGUCUACAUAUACAUCAGACAAUUUUUUUCCAUAAUACAGUGGAAAAUAAAGCAGACAAAGUUUCUAGAGCAUUGUUAGGCUUUCCAAAUUUGGAACUUAAAAUGAAAAUUUGGGAAUAUUACCUCCAUGUAUUCAAUAAUAUGGAAAGAAGAAACACUAUUCGAAGAAAAUGAAGUACAUAAGGAGCUUGCCAAGGUCUCUUCAAAUUCUUUUGCAAAAGCAAUCUGCUCUUGAGACAGUACUGCUUUCUUGUUUGAUUAUAAAACAAUAGGUUUUGUUUCACUUAACAUCCAUCAUAACAGCUUCUAUAUGAGCUGUGCAAUUACUUUCUUCUAUUGUAUUGCAUGUAGUUUCUGUGUUCAUUCCAGAGGUGCUCUUGUCUGUGCCAUCACCCAGAGUUUCCAGUUCAGCUGUGGAAGGACUUUCUUCUGUGCUGUCUUGAGCACUUUGCUUAUCUCUCUCUACUAGAUCUUGCUGACCAGCCACAGAAAGACUCUCUUCAACACUAUUAGAAUCUGUGAUCGGUUCACAUGGCAAUGCAGGUUUCUGUUCUGUGUCUACCUCCAUGUCUUUUAUUUCACUACCAGCUUCCAUCUUGGCAGCGUUCCUGAAGAUAGCUCUCAUGACAACUGGGACUGACAUACAGCUAGAGGAGGAAAUGAAACAUUAGUCACUACUGCAGACAUCACUCAUUCUUCAAAUUAGUUCUUCUUUUACACUGUGGCUGACAUCUGGAUUUCAUUGUUUGUGACAAACACCACUCCCUCUUUCCCUGCAUCUUUUAGUCUCAUGUAACCCUAAAGGCACUUUGUACAUUGUAACUACAAUAUAACUACAUGUGUUAUACUGGAAACUGUGUUGACCUGAAGGAUUCAAGUGCUGGAUUUUCAAGCUGACUAGUGCAAACAAAUUUUGCUACAGAGGUGGAAGGUCAAAAGCAUCCUUGUGACUUGUGUUUUAAUGAAAACUUUAAUAAUAUUGAACACAAUUAUAAAAGAGUGAGUGUAAUUUGUGUUCUGUAUGAAACAGAUACAGAAUCUCUCUUCUCUAAAGCAUUAUCUGCAGUAAGGUUCCCCCCCUAUCCUCCCCGACAGUAAAGAGAUCUAGUUUUAGGGACAGUAUCUAGUAUUCUGCAAGUUAAAACUGAGCAGGCUAAUUGAACAAGUUGGAAAAAAAAUCAAGCCUAUAUCAACCUUGCUGUGAUCAAGUUAUUGUUUACUACGUUAAAAGAAUUAAUAUGCUCAGUCUUUUCUCUAGUAUAUGUUCGUAUGCCAUAACAACUCAACUCUCUUGGAAUUUUAAGUUUCCAGAAGCAAGCCAGAAACUGUGUCAGGACAUGCUAUAUCACCUUCCCUUUUUAGAAAGAAGCUAUGACUGAUACUGUGUAGAUGUAGAAAAAGUUCUUUUUAUGCUGUCACGUGUCUAAGCUAUACCAAUCAUGAGACUGUCAUUAGCCAGAGCCUUCAGAAAAACAUCUUUAUAAAAAGUGUCUAUAUAAAAGAAAAGGUAAAAGUCUUUUCAUUCGUAAUCAUUUCCCCUGCCACCACAUUUUUGUGCAAGAAAGUAUUGCUUAUCAGUAGUAAUAUUUAAAUGUGCCUUUUUGGAAAAGAUAGUUAAGUCACUUUGCUGUGUCUUAUUCUGACUAUCAUAUAACUUUUUAUUAAAGUGAAGUUGUUUGGCCAGCCGAGUUAAUGGCACUAUGAAUGCACAUGAUAUUUCUAUUAAAUGGAUAUCGAAGGUUUGUUCCAAAUGUUAUGAAAUAAAACAAAGCGACUUACCGCUUCA